AGGGCAGAGUCAUGCUUUGGGAAGCCUUCUUCUAUUUAAAUUUAUAGGUUCUCUACAAACACACCCACAUGUGGACAUACAUUCGUAUACAGCAGAGGCCAGCAGACAAAGUCAGGAUGUGACAUCAUUCACAGGAAGAAAAACCAAACAGUUUUUCUCUAUGCUUUUCUGUGUCGUCUGUGCUGCCGAGCAAAGUCAGAGCUCCACUCGGACUGCCGGUUGACCAUCAGAGAGGCAGGAUUGAGAGCAGCCAGAGAGGGAACAGCUGGCUCUGACUUCCACAGGGAGCAUAAUCCUCUCUGAGCAACUUUCCACCACAUCCCAGCCUCUCCGCCGAGGGAUUUCAGUCAGAAAGAUUUCAGCUGGAAAUCUUCACAUGACAGGCACAGACCCGUGGUAACCUGAACCAGGCUCUUCCCUCUCAUUCACUCAGGAAGCUCAGCUUUGUCAAACUUAAACUUAUUCUUCAUUGUGGAGACCCUAAUCUCCCCUUAUCUCGGGGGAAGCCAAUGGCGCUGUGUCUUGGACAAGUGUUCAGCAAAGCCAAAACAUUCAGGCCGAGGAAGCGCUUUGAGCCCGGCACACAGCGCUUCGAACUCUACAAGAAGGCCCAGGCCUCACUCAAGUCAGGCCUGGACCUGAGGAAGGUGGUACAGCUGCCUGAGGGGGAGAACCUCAACGACUGGAUCGCGGUUCACGUGGUGGAUUUCUUCAACAGGAUCAACCUGAUCUAUGGCACCGUCAGCGAGUACUGCAGCGAGCGCACGUGCCCCAUCAUGUCCGGGGGCCUGAAGUACGAGUACAGAUGGCAGGAUGGUGAGGACUACAAGAAGCCCACCAAGCUGCCCGCCAUCAAGUACAUGAACCUGCUGAUGGACUGGAUAGAGUCUCUAAUCAACAAUGAGGACAUUUUCCCCACCAGAGUAGGUGUACCAUUUCCCAAGAACUUCCAGCAGGUGUGCAAGAAGAUCCUGAGCCGUCUCUUCAGGGUGUUUGUGCAUGUUUACAUCCAUCACUUUGACAGCAUCUGCAGCAUGGGCGCUGAGGCCCACAUCAACACCUGCUACAAACACUACUACUACUUCAUCUCAGAGUUCAGUCUCAUUGAUAACUCUGAAUUGGAGCCUCUGAGGGAGAUGACAGAGAAGAUAUGUACUUGACGAGAAGCACAUGGACAAAGGAGUUCACACUAUGACGUUAUCUGAGCCCCCAGAGAGAAUACCAUCUGCAAAACGUUCGAAACGUUAGACAGUUUCAUGGAUUUCACUUGCCUUCCACUCUCCCUUGCAAAGAGACGCUGUAUCUUCAGAGACAGUGCACGUUUUGUGGUGCUAUAUCUUUAUACUUCUGUGUCCACCUUUGACAAAACGCCACUUCUUUUUGUCCUUGCAUUUUAAGUGGGUUUUCUUCAAGUUUGUGUUUUUAUGUGUUGUUCUUGACAUAUGAACUUUUUUGGUCAUAAAUGUUUUUAUUAAACGUC